GGGGAGCACAGCGCACGGUGACCGCCCGAGAGCGCCAUUUCCUGAAGGAGGCGGCGGCGGCGGCUGGGCAGGGACGGACGGACGGACUGACGGACGGACGGAGCGACCCACGGAGUGGCGCCGCGGCGGCCAAGCCGGCAGGGGGAGAUCGCCCGGCGGCGGCGACCGGAGCGGAGUGGACCUGACCCGACCCCACCGGCCCGCGCCGUCGCCCCGCAGCAGGUUCUCCCGAGGCUCGCCCCGGCCGGAGCCAGAAGUUUGAGCGUGCCCGUAGCCUGCCGGGCGAGCCCCGUAUCGGGCGGCGACGCGGGGCUGCCCCAGCCGCUGUCGCCGCCGCCGCCUGCACGGGCGGUGGGAGCCCCCCGCGGCGCCGGGAACAGGGGAGAGGAUGGUGGUGCGGGAGAGAUGGAGCUGAAGCGGAGCAUGGCGAUCCCGCGGCUCCUCGUGCUGGGACUCUGGGCUGCGGCACUCCGGGACGUCGCUGCCGUGGCAGGUAUGAAAUUUACAGGACCUCCAAUCAAAUUAAAGGUGUCCCAGGGUCAACCCGUGAAACUAAAUUGCAGCCUCGAGGGAAUGGAAGAUCCCGAGAUGUUGUGGAUCAAGGACGGAGCAGUGGUGCAAAGCGUAGACCAGGUGUACAUUCCAGUAGAUGAAGAACACUGGAUCGGCUUCCUCAGCUUGAAAUCCGUCGAGCGGACAGAUUCUGGGAAGUACUGGUGCCAGGUUGAGAACGGGGGGAAGAAGGAAGAAUCACAACAAGUGUGGCUCAUAGUGGAAGGUGUGCCCUACUUUACUGUGGAACCUGAGGAUGUGUCUGUGUCCCCUAAUGCUCCAUUUCAUAUGGCCUGUGCUGCUGUUGGUCCCCCUGAACCAGUGACAAUUGUCUGGUGGAUGGGAGACUCGAGAGUGGGGCUUCCAGACGUCUCCCCCUCCAUCUUAAAUGUGUCAGGUAUUAAUCAAAGUACAGUUUUCUCCUGCGAAGCUCACAACGUAAAGGGAUUGUCUUCGUCUCGGACUGCCACUGUUCAAAUUAAAGCCAUGCCUCUCCCGCCUCUCAAUGUAACUGUAAGCCAAGUCACCAGCAGCAAUGCCAGCAUGGUCUGGGUGCCAGGAUUUGAUGGCCGUGCACCUCUCCAUUCUUGCACUCUUCAGGUAGCUGAGUCACCAGAUGGCCAGGAGCUGUCCACUGAAGUGACCCCAGUGCCGCCCUUCUCCUACACCGUGCAAGGCCUGAAGCAUUCCACCAACUACAGCGUCCGUGUGCAGUGCAGCAAUGAGAUGGGCAGCUCCCCUUUCACUGACAGGGUUUAUUUCCAGACCCUGGAGCUUGCUCCAAACAGCACCCCUCAAAAUAUCCAUGUUAUUCAAAGAGAUCCUGGUCUAAUUUUGGAAUGGGAAGGUGUGACUCCAGAUGUGCUGAAAGAAAAUGUCCUGGGAUACAGACUGGAAUGGAUUCAGGAUAAUGUAACUCAGGGGGAGAUGAUUGUGCAGGACACAAAAGCCAAUCUCUCCAUGUGGAAUCCUCUCAAAGACCUGAUUAUCAGGGUGUGUGUGCUGAACUCUGCAGGGUGUGGGCCCUGGAGUGACCUCUUCCUGCUUGAAGCCCAGGAGGUCAUGGGUGGCCAGAGACAACCUCCUUAUGGGACAUCCUGGGUUCCUGUGGCACUGGGCAUUCUCACAGCUCUGGUCACAGCUGUUGCUCUGGCUCUUAUUCUCCUUCGAAAAAGAAGAAAGGAAACUCGGUUUGGCCAUGCCUUUGGCAGUGUGGUUGGCAGAGGGGAUCCAGCAGUCCAUUUCAGAGCUGCCAGGUCUUUCAACAGGGAGGGCCCAGAGCUCAUUGAAGCAACAUUGGAGAGUGUAGGGAUCAGUGAUGAGUUGAAGACAAAACUAAAAGAUGUCUUAAUCCAAGAGCAGCAGUUCACCUUGGGAAGAAUGUUGGGCAAGGGAGAGUUUGGAUCAGUUCGAGAGGCACUACUGAAGCUCGAUGAUGGCUCUUUCCAGAAAGUGGCAGUGAAGAUGCUGAAAGCUGACAUCUUCACCUCUACGGACAUUGAGGAGUUCCUGCGAGAGGCUGCCUGCAUGAAGGAGUUUGACCACCCUCACGUCACCAAGCUGAUCGGAGUCAGCCUACGAAGCCGUCCCAAGGGCCGUCUCCCAAUUCCCAUGGUGAUCCUGCCCUUCAUGAAGCAUGGAGACCUCCAUGCCUUUCUGCUGAUGUCAAGGAUUGGGGAAAACCCAUUUAACUUGCCUGUUCAGACACUCCUCAAGUUCAUGAUUGACAUUGCCAGUGGGAUGGAGUACUUAAGCUCAAAAAAUUUCAUACACAGGGACCUUGCAGCUCGGAACUGCAUGUUGGAUGAGAACAUGAACGUGAGUGUUGCAGACUUUGGACUUUCUAAGAAAAUCUACAGUGGAGACUACUACCGCCAGGGCUGUGCCUCCAAGCUGCCAGUGAAGUGGCUGGCUCUGGAAAGCCUGGCAGAUAAUCUGUACACAACGCACAGCGAUGUGUGGGCGUUUGGGGUGACCAUGUGGGAGAUUGUGACCCGAGGGCAAACCCCUUAUGCUGGCAUUGAGAAUGCAGAAAUCUACAACUACCUCAUCAGUGGCAACAGGCUGAAGCAGCCCCCGGAGUGCCUGGAAGAUGUCUAUGAUCUCAUGUGCAGAUGUUGGCAUCCUGAGCCCAAGCUACGGCCCAGCUUUGGAGUACUCCGCUCCCAGCUGGAAAUGAUUCGCGGGAGGAUGUCCACACUCUCUUCCAGUCAAGAUCCUCUCUAUGUCAACAUUGGGAAGGACAAAGAGGCAUCUGCAAGUGAGCCUGCCCUGCAUGCCUCCUUUGGAAACAUGGAUGCUGAGGAGACUGUUGCUGGGGCAGCUGCUGCUGUCACAAGUGACUAUCGCUAUAUCAUGAGCCCCUUGUGCCUUGGAGAUGAUGCUGAGGGUGAAAGGCAUCCAGAUGGACAAGAAGGGGAGGACAAAAGCCUUCUGUAUGAGCUAGAGACAGAAGGAGAGAAGAGUUGCUAGCCUGUACAUAGCAGUGACACCCUGCUUCCCUGGGACUGGAUGUGCGCAGCGUGGUGCUGUCUCCUGGGGCUCUGAUGCCGGAUCUGGAAGAGCUUUGAACAGCACUGGCCAG